ACCGCUCACGCUUGUGUGCACGCACGCACCUUGUCACUGGCCCGACGAUACGCGUUCAUUAAUAUACCGUAAACGAUAUAAAAAAAAGUGACGUUAAACGACUCCAAAUAAAAGUGUAAAUAAUAAUAACCAUUUUCCGAGAAAAUGGAAAAUUCACUUAUUUGAAAAGCUUAUUUAAACUAACUUACCUAAGUUAAUAUCCGUUUAUUGCGAAGUUUUUCAAAUCGGUUUAUUAGUGUUUUAAUAAUAAUAACAUUUAUAGUUAAAAAAAUAUGAAUGGAGAACGAUGUUUCGGACGAUCUCGGUGAGAUGGGUGAUGGUCUGAGGCGGACCGUGUCGGCGUAUUGAGGGUCGUUUUUAUGGAUGUGGAGAGUGCGGAGUGCUGGAGGUCGGCAGGCGACAGGAUGGUGGCGGAGGAGGGCAAGACCAGGGCAACGGACUUCUCCAUCGCGGCCAUCAUGGCCCGCAGCGCCGUCGAGCCGCGCAGCCCGCUCGCGAGAUCGCCUCCUCACACCGGCUCGGUGUCCCGGCAGAGUUCGCCCGCGUCGCUCAGUUCGCCUGCGUCAAGCUGCCGCUCCCCCCCGCCGGAAGAAGAUGUUGAAGUGGAUGUGGAGCAGUGCUCCGACGGGGAGCGGGACGCGUCUGACAACGCGGCUCCAUCGCCGGCUCCUUCUUCAGAGCUAGGCGAGCGAGACACGCCGUCGCCGGCGCGACCUUUGCCCCCCACAACGUCGUGCAACUGUGAGGAGCUGUUGUCUGUGGACUGUCAGCUGGAGACGAAGGAGCUCUGGGAUAAGUUCCAUGACCUUGGCACGGAAAUGAUCAUCACUAAAACUGGCAGACGCAUGUUCCCGACGGUGCGCGUGUCGUUCGCGGGGUGCCGGACGGAGGCACGGUACGCGGUGUUACUGGACGUGGUGCCCGUGGACGGCAAGCGCUACCGGUACGCGUACCACCGCUCCUCGUGGCUCGUGGCCGGCAAGGCGGACCCGCCCGCGCCCGCUCGCCUCUACCCGCACCCCGACUCGCCCUUCAGCGGCGACCAGCUGCGCAAGCAGGUCGUCUCCUUCGAGAAGGUCAAGCUCACCAACAACGAGAUGGACAAAAACGGACAGAUCGUUCUCAACUCGAUGCACCGAUACCAGCCGCGAAUCCACCUGGUGAAGGUGCGUGAUGGCGGUGGGCCCAUCACGGACCUGGCACGGGAGCAACACCGGACCUUCGUCUUCCCCGAGACCGUGUUCACUGCAGUCACCGCUUACCAGAACCAGCUGAUCACCAAGCUCAAGAUAGACUCGAACCCAUUCGCGAAGGGAUUCAGAGAUUCGUCCAGAUUAACGGACUUUGAUAGAGAUCCUAUGGAGUUGAUGUUGAUGGAGCAACAGUUGCUGCGGUCGCCGUUGCGGCUUUACGCGAGCGGCGCCGGUGUAGGCGACGAGGAGGCAGAGAAGCGAGCGGCCUGGGCGCGCACCCCGCCCGCGUUGCAGCUGCUGGCACUGGGCGGCCGAGCCUGGCCCGCCGCCUGGCCGCAACCCUUAGCCUUGCCGCCUGACCUCUGGAUGCAGAAACCCCCUACGCCACUCCGAUACUGCCCCUACCCCCCACCAGCGCACCCCUCCGCACCAUCUUCAAGACCGGAACACUCGCCCUCACCCAGACAUCCGCUGUGAACCAUUCCAUAAAAAUAAACAAUUGAGUGCUGUGAAAAAAAACAAGAAACAAAAGAACUUCAAGAAGUGAAUUUUUAACUCGAAACUCGAUAGAAACUUUUCGAAAUGUAUUAAAAUGUAAGAUUGAAUAGAUGUAUUCCUAAUAUAUAAUUUUCAUGGUUCCUAUCCCGAAAAAUAGAAAAACGAUAUUUUGAAAUGUGUAUUUUUUAAACUAGGUUUAUUAUGAAAACUUUAUAGUAGUUACCUGCACACCUUAUUAUCGUACCUUUAUAGUUUUGUUGUAAUACAAAGAAAUAAAAAGGAUUAGCAAAUUAACAGUUCAAUGAAAAUAUCAAAUGAUUAAAAAAACUAACCAAAGAUGUAUGUACUAAAAACCAAUGCUGUAGCAUUGCCUUCUUUAUCUUUUGCAACAUUCCAUGAAAGGUACUACCUAACAUAGAUAUUAUUAUGUUGAUUCCGUUACAGCAAAGAACAG